AUGAGACUCUUAGAGAAAAUUAAAAUAAACUCCCAACAGAGAUGGAUGGUAUGUUAUAAACUUGGUGGAAAGUAUGAAUGUUCUACGUUAAACCUCAAUAAUAUUGGAACAUUACUACAUCAGCUCUUGAAGGAGAACUUUAUAUCAGAGAUAGAAGCAAAUGCUGCAGGUAUUGUUGAAAUGCACUAUGACUUCUUCUUGACAAACAUAAAGAAUCUUACCGAAAUAAAGAUGUAUGAUUUAACAGAAUAUGAAGGCUUAACGAUGUCAGAUGUAAAGAAAGGCAAACCAAAAAAGAGACCAUAUAGAGAUGAAAGCACACUGACAAAUGACCAGAAAGCCAUUUUGGAAGCUCUUAAGCAAACAGGAAACCCAGCACUUAUAGAAAGCUUUUGGAAAGAUAAUGGUGAAAAGAAGUUUUAUAAGAAGAGAAGCGGUCAGUUCUGGAAGUAUCUUUGCACAUUACCUAUAAAUCUUGAACGCUACCAAAUCUUCAAUGAACUGAACAAAAGAACUGCAACACUUAUGACAGAGGACAAUUGUUUCGUUUAUGCUUGCAUUCAGGCUGGAGUAAAUGAAGAAACUAUUGACCACAUGAGAGAAGUCAUUCGUGUUAGAGACUUUCCUCAAAGUAAAGUACAAGAAAUUUCUGACGCAACAGGUAUAGCAUUUAAUGUUACCAUUGGUUAUUUCAAUGACUCAAGACAUAAUGAAAUAAAGAGAUAUAUACCAAAAGAAUGCGAAACUGUUAGAACUAUUGACUUACUUCUU